GUGGGCGGAGCGGGCCUGGGCUGGCAACACCCCCUGACCCGCUGGCCCCUUCCCUCCCCCAGCCAUGGGCGUGCAGCCCCCCAACUUCUCGUGGGUGCUCCCAGGCCGGCUGGCUGGGCUGGCGCUGCCGCGGCUCCCCGCCCACUACCAGUUCCUGUGGGGCCUGGGCGUGCGGCACCUGGUGUCCCUGACGGAGCGCGGGCCCCCCCACAGCGACAGCUGCCCGGACCUCACCGUGCACCGACUGCGCAUCCCAGACUUCUGCCCGCCGGCCCCCGACCAGAUCGACCGCUUCGUAAAGCUGGUGGACGAGGCCAACGCCCGGGGAGAGGCGGUGGCAGUGCACUGUACCCUGGGCUUUGGCCGCACUGGCACCAUGCUUGCCUGCUACCUGGUGAAGGAACGCGGCCUGGCUCCAGGAGAUGCCAUUGCAGAAAUCCGGCGCCUUCGACCCGGCUCCAUCGAGACCUAUGAGCAGGAGAAAGCAGUCUUCCAGUUCUACCAGCGAACUAAAUAAGGGGUGUCGGCAACCUUCUGCCUGACGUGUGUGAUCAAUGGGGUCAGAGACACAGAAGCAGACUAAAAGUGUUCAGCCCUCCAGCUCCCAACUGGCUCCAGAGACCGAAAUAGCCAUCUCCUGCUGCUGGGUCCUGAUUGAAGGGAUGGCUGGGGCCCCAUUGAAGUGAUGGGGUCCCUCUGCUGCUUCCUUAAAUAAAUAACAUAUAAGAACCA